AUGGCGUCACCUUCGCCUUCAGAACAGCCAUCGCAGGUUCCGCACCAAGAGUCGUCUCUUGCCUCCCCUCUUCCAAAUGCCGGCAUUGCGCAGGACCCUCAGGUAGCUUUGGCAGCCGGUAUCGAAGCAAAGGACGGAAAGACUUGUAUCAGAUUGCUGGACACACAUGCUGAUGCUUUGACUCGACCCGGAAAUGCUUUUGAUUGGCUCAAGGACCUGUUCGCGAUUGGCCUGACCUCGAGGGAGGUCGUCGACCUCAUUUUUGAAGAUGCAGAACAAAGUCCCUGGAUCUGUUACGAGUUGACUUCGCCAGCUGAGCAUGAGGAAGAUGCCACGCCUUAUCGAUCAGACUACGUUCAACCUGCCCGGCCUCACAAUUCUGGCAAGCCUACCGUAGCUGAGGUCAAACGAAAGAUAUCUGAGCUCUGCGGUCUUGGUGGAGUUAUACCUACACCCCAUGGUCGCACGCUAUGGAACGACGAUGUAAAAAUUCAUUCUUUCGACCAUGUUGCGUCAAUUUGUUACGGGUCGCCUGCGCAAACAGAUAGGUAA